CAUCUUCUUUUAGGCGACUUGCUUUCUCACGGCACUGCAAGCGCGGCCAGUCGUCAAACGAGACUCUUGCUUUCGUUAAUCUUAAGUUAUAUGUGAUACUGAGCUUACCAUGAGAAGAAGACCGAACCAGCCACGUAGGUCGCGGGAGCCGGUCGACAUGGCACGAAAUUAGAAGGCGCUUGCCCUUUUGCGGGGCGCCAGAAGGCGAAUUGCUGCAUUUGGACGGAGCCUUGACUCAUGGAUGCGCAGCCAAACACCUCAUUCAAUGCGCACCAACUGCGCGUGGUCCAGCAGCUGCUAUGGAAUGUCCUCUCCCACCAUCUCUACCCCGCGGAGCGUGACGAGAUCCGCCGCGCGCUGGGCCCUUCGCUCCUGGACGAAAACGAGGCCAUGUUCGCCGAAGCCGCCGCGCUCGCCGACAUCCUGGGCGACGUCCAGGGCGACACGCAAGCCCUGUUGGCACGCCAGGCGAUCGUGUCGGCCCCCGGGCGCAGCCUGGUGGAGGGGGAGAUUCGGCUGCUGAUCGACCGGCUGCACGGCACCGCCACACACACGCCCUUCGGCAGCGGCGCGGUGCGGGAGCGCGACCCCGGGGCGCUGCUGCCGCGCGAGCGGGGCGCCAAGGACCGGGCGCUGCUGGACUACGUCACCACCGUGGCGCAGAUCGCGGAGAACGGCGGGCGGCCGCCUUCCAGCGCGCUUCCGCCGCGGCCGCCCACCUCCCUGUCAGCCUCCUCCCGCCCCGGCACCUCCUCCCGCCCGCCCACCUCCCUCUCCCUCUCCGCAUCUGCCUCCAUCUCCCUCGCCCCCGGCGGCGCCUUCUCCCGCCCCGGCACCUCCUCCCCACACGCCGGCUCCGCACAAGUCUCAACCUCCGGCGCAGCCACCGCCGCCGCCGCCUCCGGCGGCGGCGCCGCCGGCUCUCGCCCCUCCACUGCGGGCAGCGGUGCUUCUUCCGCCACCACUCGCUACACCGACGCCCCCAGUGUGGUGGCGGCGGUGGCGGACAAGUUGAACCUGGCCACCAUUGACGACGUGCGGGAGCAGCUGCGGGCGGCGCUGGGCGACGAGCGGGCGGCACUGCUGGAGGACAUCGAGUACCUGCAGGGCCUGCUGGACGGCGAGGCCGCGCUGCGCUCCGCCGCCGCCGCGCCGCCGCCCAGCCUGUCCGACCUGCACGACUACAGCAGCCGGCUGGCGGCGGUGGUGGCGGGCGAGGAGGCGCGCGUGGAGCACGAGGAGCGGGUGGCGGCCAUGUUUGCGGCGGCGGAGGGGCAGGGCAGCAAGGCCGGCCGGCUGAGGGGCAUGGUGGACGCGUCGCGGCGGCCGCCGUCGUCGGGAGGAGGAGGGGGAGCGGGAGGAGGAGGGGGAGGAGGGGGUGGGGGAGGGCCGGGAGGAGGGGCGGGAGGGAGAGGCGGCGCGGCGCAGACGCUGGUGGUGCAUCAUGGGAAGGAGGAGGACGAGGAUGAGGGGCGGCAGGCGGCGGCGGCGACGGCGAAGCGGCGGACGCCGUCGGCGGAGGGCUCGAGCUCUGGCACGUUCGCGGCCGCGACCGGCGGGUUAAGAGCUGGCGGUACGCCGCCGGAAGGCAGUAGCGGCAGCAGAAGCACGGCAGUAGCAGGCAUGGGCCCCGCGUCCUCGUCCUCAGCUGCGGGGACGGCUUCUCGGGGCGGCGGUGCCGGGCUGACGCCGGUGCGGCGCCCUCGGAGCGGCGCCAGCGACGGGCCGGCAGCGGCGCUGCCGCCAGUGCUGCCGCCGCCCAGCAGCACUGCUGCGCUAAGGUCUUCUGCUGAGGCAGGGCUGGGCGCGGGGCCGGGGCCGCUGGCCCCGGGCUCGCCAGGGCUUGCCACCCGCACCAGCGGUGCCGCUACUGCCGCGGAUGCAAACGGCGGUGGUGUCGGGGUUCUGGCUAGCGGCAGUAGCAGCAGCACCAGCUUACUUGCGCCGCCAGGCCGGCUGCGGCCCCAGUCCCCGGGGCGGCUGCUACAGCCCGUCCAGGGCGUGACCGGCUCGCCAGCUGCGGCGGCGGCCGGCGGCAGUAGCAGUAACAGUAGCAGUAGCAGCAGCGCUCUCGGCCAGCCGUCCGGGGCGCACCGGGAACCCUCGCAGGGCCUGUUGUCGCACGUGGGUACUGCAGGGGGGAGCCCAGCGUUGGGCCGGGCGGGUGCCGGCAGCAGUCCGGCAGUAGCAGCGUCAGCCUUAGCUGGAGCAGGACCGGCAGGGGCGGGGCCAGCAUUGCUACGACCGUUGCUGCCGCGCUCCGGGUCGGGUCUUUCGGGGCCGGCGGCGACGGGCUCAACACUGGACCGGUCCAGUGGAGGGUCGGGUGCGGCGAGCGGGACAGGGGGGUCCGGGGCAAGUGCCAGUCCCGCCGCCGCAGCGACAGCAGCAUCAGCGGCCGCGGCCUCGCCGGCAAGCCGGACUAGCGGUGGCGCCUCCACCUCUGCUCGGGCCGUAGCCGCCAAGCUCCUAGCGGCGACGACAGGCGGCGGGCUAGCAUCCGCUGACCCGGGCGGCGCCGCCACCGCCAGCCCCGGCGGCGCCGUGGCGGCGCGCCUGGCGGCGGCUGCUGCUGCCGCGGACAUGGCAUCCAGCCCCGCGGCCCGGGCGGCGCCGUCGGUGCAGCCGCGUGCGUUGACGGGCGGCAAGCAGCAGACGGUGGUGGAGAAGCUGGAGGCGGAGGUGGACGCCGUCAAGGGCGGCGUGGCUGCGAUUCUGGAGCGGUACAACCUGCGGCCCUCGACGGCGUCGGGCGAGGCGGCGGCCGGGGGGGCGGCGGCGGCUGGGAAGCCGGCAGCCGCGGGCGCGGCGGCCGUGGCAUCGGGAGCGGCUUCGGGUGCAGCCCGGGACAGGCGCGCGCAGUAGCGCGUUGGAGCGCACCGGGCAUAAGCGGGGGCAGUAUGUGGGGACUGUAGGAGCGGGCGUGUCAGCACGGCGAAUCAGGUGGGGCACGGACACGGUGUUGCGUGGCUGUUUGGGAAGGAGGAAUCGGACCGAACCCCAGCGAAGACCUCCCGCAUGUGCAUGGGGUGCGUGUCAGGCUGUGUCGACUACAGGGCCUGCAGCCACGUGCGUGUGCAAAGGACGGGGCUGUACAUAAACGCUGAAAGGCGGCAGGGAGGUCAUGUGGGUGCAUCCGCCGGUAUCCGGGGAUGCAUGGUGUGUCAGCAGGCCGAUGAGGCCGACGCCGCCAAUACCGUAUGCGUGUAAGCGCAAGCUAUGUGCGACUGUGCACGGUUUUACUUGUUGGCUCCCUGUGCGUUGCCUAGCAACUCCCUGUCAAGCGAAUCUGAGCUUGUAAGCAUGUGCGGUG